AUGGCAAGGAACCUCAACUUUGUCAGCUUCACCAUCCUCUUGAUAGUCCUCUUGAUGGCUUCCACCGAAAUCAUGAAGACAGAGGCUCAAACAUGCUCCACAUUCCUCGACGAGUGUGGGCCAGACCCGUUCCUAGGUACAAAUGCUGAUUGCUUUAACUGUUGCAAAUACACAUACGGGAGUCCUCCAGCAUGUAAAGGUCUUGUUGAGGGAAGCGACAAACAUUGUCACUGCUACCAAAAUCCAUAAG